AUUUUUUUUCCAUCUCCCACUUUUUCAUGUAAAUCAUUUUUUUAUUAGUGGGAGAUGACAUUGACAAAACAAAUCCAGAAUUCAAACUAAAAAAUAAACUCAUUGAUUUAUUUCUCAUAUGAGAUCUGUUAUUCUUAACAGCUCGUAAAAAUUAGAGAAAAUAAAAUCAUACUUAUUGUUAGAAAAAUCAGGAAUGGAGGAGUCACAAUCGCCAAGAUCACCAGAAAGGAAAACGUCUUCGUUAAUGGAAAAUCUGCUGGGUUUGCUUAGAAUUCGAGUCAAGCGUGGCAUUAAUCUCGCUGUUCGUGAUGUUCGUAGCAGUGAUCCUUAUGUCGUCGUCAAGAUGGGCAAACAGAAACUAAAAACUCGAGUAAUAAAGAAGGAUGUUAACCCAGAAUGGAAUGAGGAUUUAACUCUAUCUGUUACUGAUCCUACUCUUCCUGUUAAGCUGACUGUGUAUGAUCAUGACACCUUCAGCAAAGACGACAAAAUGGGAGAUGCAGAGUUUGAUAUCAAAGCAUAUAUAGAGGCCUUAAGGAUGAAUUUAACAGGCCUACCAAGCGGCACCAUAGUCACAAGAGUACAACCAAGUAGACAAAAUUGCUUAUCGGAAGAAACAUGCAUAACUUAUACUGAUGGCAAGGUCAUUCAGGACCUCUGCCUCAGAUUAAAAAAUGUGGAAUGUGGUGAAGUGGAAAUUCAACUGCAAUGGAUUGACCUUCCGGGUUCAAAGGGAUUGUAAAAGGCUACACGAAUUUCUGCAUUUUUGUUGCGUGCGAUCUGUGGUCUGGUCUGGUUCAAUCUUCCAGCAGCAGUUACAUUGCCAGGUUCAUCGUUUUGCAUUACAAGCUGACCUUGUAUGUAUUUGUAUUUGCGUGUAUAGGAUUUGACAGUUUUGGGUUCUUGCUCAUUGUCCCCAACGCCAAAAGUGCAAUGUACCCUACUUUUGCACCAUUUUGUUGGAAUAUUUCAAAACUAUGAAAUCACAUAUUUCUGAGUUUCUUUCA